CCUCCCGCACACCCGCACAAAGCGGCACGCUGAACACUGGUGUCCGCGAACACGCUCGAACAGGACAGGACUCCAAUUCGUCGGCCUCUCUGUUUACUUACCUCGGCUCUGGCUCUCGCCUCAACGCGAUGGAUACAAUGGAUACAGACGCCCUUCUCGGGAUGUCGUUGGAUGAGAUGCUCGCAGCAAAGCCGACGAAAAAAGUUGAUCGAGGAGGCCGAGGCGGGAAAGUGAGGAACACCGGCCGAGCCUCUCGACAACAGCAGACCCAACCAUACCGUCAACCUGCUCCAAAGGUUUCUGCAGGAGGGGGGUCUAACAACAGAGUUUACGUCGGCAAUUUGGCGUGGACCGUGACGUGGAAGGAGCUCAAGGAUCUGAUGAGCACAUGCGGCCCAUGCAAGGCUGAAGUCCCAUGCGGUGCAGACGGGAGGUCGAGGGGCUACGGGUUGGUGACAUUCACUACUGCUGCCGCUGCCAGCGAUGCAAUCGACAGGCUUCAGGACACCGACCUGAUGGGGCGCCCGAUCUACCUGAGGGAAGACCGUGAGGAGCAAGGCUUUGGUGGUGGCGGCGGAUUCGGUGGCGGGGGCGGGGGCGGGGGCGGGGGCUUCAAUGGCGGGGGCAAUGCCAACUGCAAGGUGUUCGUGAGCAACCUGGCAUACGACGUCCAGUGGCAAGAUCUCAAAGACCACAUGAAAAACGCCGGCUCGGUGAUUAGGGCCGAUGUUUUUGUCGGCCCCGACGGUCGCAGUAAAGGACUCGGAAUCGUGGAGUUCUCCAAGCCCUACGAGGCAAGGACUGCUAUCAGCCAGCUCAGCGAAACUGAGCUUUUGGGGCGGCCAAUCCAAGUUAGGGAAGAACGAGGAGAUGCUGGAAACCACGGACGCGGAGUGGGCGGGGCUGCUGGUGCCAAGGUUUAUGUUGGCAACUUGAGCUGGGAAUGCCAAUGGCAAGACCUGAAGGAUCACAUGAGAGCGGCCGGCAACGUAAAGUUCGUCGAUUUGUUCCAAGAGCCUGGCGGCAGGUCCAAGGGAUGUGCCGUGGUGGAGUACGAAACGCCUCAAGAAGCGCACAACGCCAUUCGGGACCUACACGACACAGAACUCUUGGGGCGUCUGAUUUUCGUGAGGGAGGACCGUGAAGAGGGACCCACCGGGAGCAAACGAAUGGGUCAGCUGCAUGAAGGGGUAGAGCGACGUCAGGUUCAUGUUUCAAACGUGAGCUGGGAGACGGGGUGGCAGAGCCUCAAGGACCACUUCAAGCAGUGUGGAAGGGUGCAAUUCGUGGAGAUCCCCGAGGACGCACAAGGCCGCUCGAAAGGAUAUGCAACCGUGCGCUUCGGAUCGGAACAAGAUGCUGCUGAUGCCAUCAACCAGCUCGACGGCACAGACCUUGAUGGACGCCGCAUUGGUGUUCGCGAAGACAACCGGCCCUACUAGCGGGAUCGAAAAAUUGGUCUUGAGUCGGGCGUGGCAAGCGCGAACAGUAGAGUACGUCGGGCGACGAACGUGAUGUGAUGAUACAGUAGUGGCAUACAUGUUGCGUUGUAGGAGUUCAGCUCAACCUUGACUAACAGUGGAGCAAUAGGACGGAGUGUUAUGGGAGGGGUAUUUGCUUGUUGCGCGCGCAGUUUGGUCUAUUUCUAGUUGCGGCCCGGAGUCAUUGGAGAGAGAAAGCCGACCACUUGCACUCUCCUUUUAGCUGGCCGAGGGAGGUUAUUCAGGAUGGGGGGGUGGUCUUCGAAGGAAGAAAUGAAUACUCCGGGGAGGAAAUUCCCUGGGGGGAGGUAAUAAGCACGCUGUGCCAGUGGGUGUUUUUUUUUUUUAAUCUACUCAAGGAGAACUGGAGGAUGUUAUCGCCAUGGAGGUCGGCAGUCCAGAUACCGGAACGAAGCAAUCAGAUGUACUGUACGUUCAUUUUCUCGAAGAGAGGGAGUAAACUCGUA